CGGAGCUGUCAAACACCAACAACCGUCUGAGAAAUUAUUCCGGGCGGUACAAAAUAUCGCACUUUGCUCUUUUGGAGAAACAAGCACGACAGAAACAGACUUCGAGUUCACAUUGAGAAGUCAGCCUUUUGACUUUUAAACCGUCACGACAAAAAAAAACUUGCUGUUUUGUGUGCGUGUUGUUGGGUCUUAGCUCUUUGCUUGGCUCGAGUUUUGUUGACAAACUAGCCAGUCAGCUAGUCACUGAGCUAGCUCCGUUACCAACUUUGCUGUUUUCGCAGAGCUCGCUUGUCGUUUUCGAUAAAUGCUAAGUUACCCGGAAAAGGCAUGGAGCCCAGCUUGAACUGUUCUUGCAGACAUCUCUGUGAAAUAAAAACAGGUCUCCAAGGGCUCACUAUACAUCUGUCAAACAUGUGAAAACCCUCUCAUCCGGGUGGACCUGGUUACAAGCAGUGAGGAACUGGACUUGGAUCCAGCCAGGGUGUGUCACCAGAGGUGUAAACUCAAUUUUAAACAGAAGUCUAUGUGCAUGACGUAUUUUCUCCCAGGACACAAACUGAGUAAAUUCUGUGCUGCCGUGGCCUCGGCGUCAUUAAAACAAUCUAGUCCUCUUGUCAUGUGGGUACAUUACGGAAAAAGGCCCAUAUUACCCUCACUGGUAUCACCACCUUUCACGUCACUAUGGACCGGAAUAAACGCAACUCCAUCGCUGGGUUUCCUACACGACCUGAACGUAUCAAUGAGGACAGAGAAGGUAUCGGAGGGGUAGGGGUCGGUGAGAUGGGCAUGGGCCCGCCUUCACAGGUGGGCAGGGUGUGGCCAUCAUCCUACAGAGCCCUCAUCAGUGCCUUCUCCUGUCUUACACGCCUUGAUGACUUCACCUGUGAGUGGAUUGGCUCCGGAUUCUUCUCUGAUGUUUUUAAGGUACGUCACCGAGCUUCAGACCAAGUUAUGGCUCUGAAGAUGAACAAGCUCAGCAGCAACAGAGCUAACAUGCUGAGAGAGGUCCAACUAAUGAACCGGCUUUCUCAUCCAAACAUACUCAGGUUCAAGGGAGUGUGUGUCCAUGAGGGCCAGCUUCACGCUCUGACAGAGUACAUCAAUGGUGGAAACCUGGAGCAGCUUCUAGACAGCAACAAACACCUGAGUUGGCUCACAAGGGUGAAACUUGCCUGUGAGAUCGCCAGUGGUCUGGCCUACUUGCACUCCAAAGGCAUAUUCCACCGGGACCUCACCUCCAAGAACUGCCUGAUCAAAUGUGAUGACAACAGCUACACAGCAGUGGUGGGAGACUUUGGCCUGGCAGAAAAGAUCCCCACCAAUCUUGCUGAAGUAGAGAAGCUUUCAGUGGUUGGUUCUCCUUUCUGGAUGGCUCCAGAGGUGCUGAGAGAUGAAUCCUACAACGAGAAGGCCGAUGUAUUCUCUUAUGGUAUAAUCCUGUGUGAGAUCAUCGCAAGGGUCCAGGCUGACCCCGACUUCCUUCCCCGCACAGAGAACUUCGGCCUGGACUAUCACACGUUCCAGCACAUGGUUGGAGACUGUCCGCCUGACUUCCUUCAGCUGGCUUUCAACUGCUGCAAUAUGGACCCGAAACUCCGUCCGUCCUUCCCAGACAUCGUCAGGCACCUCGAGGAGAUUCUUGCACGCCUUAAAGUCGAGGAGAUGCACGAGUGUGUCCCACUCAGUGGGGACAACGACAAGAAGACCAUACCCAAAGGUGAGAAGAUCCAGGGCUUUAAGCGACUGAACCCUCUCGGUUUCCAGGAUGAUAAAAUCCCUCCAAAAUCACCCCGCCCCCGGCGAAACAUCUGCCUCAGCCGCAGCCAAUCAGACAUCUUCUCCUGCAAACCAGGAAGAAAAGUCAAUGUCCAGGACCCUUAUUAUAACCCCCCCACCGCUCAGCGAGCCUCUAAGGCCCACAAGAUCAACCCGUUCACCGCCCGAGAGGACCUGUGUGGGGGCAAGAUCAAGUUCUACGAUGUGCCCAGCAAGUCUGUCUUCUCGCUGGUGUUUGACCUCCACUCACCCCCGGGGAGUGUAUUCAGUAACCCGCCGUCUGCUCAUGGACCUGGAGGACCCCAACAGGGGGCGUCUUACUACUGGCAGCAGCUUCCAGGAAGGCAGUGUCACUCCUUACCAGUUUCCCCCCAGCUGCCCCGCUCCGAGGUCUUCUACCUCGCAGGUGCUAUCGGCUCCAAUAACAACGGUUCUGUUACUUGCAACUCCAGCCAGCUCUCCACAACGCUGCCAGCAACUAACUGCAGGUAUGACGCAGGCCUGAUGGGAAAUGACACCCGUCAGAAGGCAGCGCUGAGUGUCUGGGCGAAGAAAUACGUCGUGGUUGAGAUCCCACCUUACUGCCGGCAGAGAGGAGGGGAGGAGGACGGGGAGGCAGAGGAGAGGAAGGAGGGAAAUGAGGAGGAUGAGUUUGGUGAGAGCUGGUCUCCGAUGGUCCCCAGCGGUGAGAGCGAGAGGGACAGUGGAGAGGCGAUGGACUGCUCCAGCAGCCUAGAGGAAGAGGAGGCACGACAGAGAGGGACAGACACCUGUCCCAUGUAACACACAUGAAAUCCACACACACACCAACACAUACAGAAGAGGUGGUGGAUUUGGACAUGAGAGAGGGACUAUUACUCCUGGAUGGAGGACAUGCAGGCAGUGGGAACUAGUUUUUAAAAGUAGACUGAUGAACUGGACACAUUUCAGAGAUUUUGGAAAAAUAAAAUGUGGAAAAAAAGAAAAAACACUUGAUUUCUAUUUUUCAAGUGAACAAAAAAAGGUUUUAUCAACAAAAUGGACACUCAAAAUAGAAAUUAUUUUCUUGAGACGGUUGUUUAUAUUUAAUAUUGUGAGAUGAUGUAGUUUGUUUUCCUUUAAAGGUUUCUUAUAUUAGGCGUCUUGUCUGACGAGGGGUAUUGAAGAUCCCUUGUGAUGUGUAUGUGAGUGUUUAAAAAUCAAAUGUUGUGUUUUGUGUUCUAGACAAAUGUUUAUACUACAUUAAAAAAAUCCCAUAUUUUUCUGAUUAACGUGACGCUGAUAUCCAGAUGAGAAAAAAGGUGAUUUAUAAUAAUUGAGUGCCUGACAAACAACACUCAUGAGACAGAUGUUAAACCAUCCUAGCAACCCCCCAACUAGAUUGCAGUGGUGAAAUAUUCACAGGGAACUUAACAGAAGUGAAUUUAGAGAUGACAAAGUUUAGAUUUCUUUAUAUUAGAUUUCAUCUAAAAACCUUAGAGGUCAGACUGUAUUUGUCCCAAAAGGUCAGCACUGUCAAUGACUCCAUGACAUGUUGCUUUGCCUUAUGAGCUCUUAAAGGACCAUACCGCCAAUUCUAGCCCACUAAUGAAAAAUACAGCAGUUUGCUUUGAUGACAUAGUGGUGGUUUUUUUUGCCACUGUACUUCAGCCAAACUAAUACCAUUCAAUAGUCAAAGCAGAGCGUUCACAAGCAGAGUUAUUGAGACAUCAAAUCCAGAACACAAACUGUGGGCAAACAUAGAUGUUGUAAAAAGAACCUUGUAAAGUUUUUGCAUUUAAAAUCCCAGAUGUCAGAGUUUGUACCCUCUUGCAACUCUGUUAACACACAAUGACGAUGAAAUUGUCAAAAAAUUAUAUUAAAUUAUAUUAAAUACAUCUCUCUAUGAUGAGUUAGCACUCUAAAACAAGUUUGAAUUGAGACUGUGUAACUUUUGAAAGACAAAAUAACACCAUCUUCCGCUAACAAAUUAAAAGUUGAAUUUAUAAAUAAUAAAAUUUUACUCGCGUCAGUAACAUUUACACUCAGGGAAUUAUCCUUCCGAGGUUUGGUGUGACCAGUAGCGUAUGGUGGCCUAAUGAUAGCAAACUUUGUAAUGUUAGCUCUAUCAGCAGGAGAGCUGUGAGUAUCGCUGUGCUGUUGUUGCUACGUACGGCUACUGUUGCCGCUCUUCUGCAAAAGUUGCAUAGUCUCGCUCUAAAGUCAAAACUUUAAUAAUGUAGAUUUUAAUUUCAUUUUUAAUUUAGAAAGUAACGGCUCCCUGAAGAUGGGAAAUCAAUCUUAUGUCACACUUAUAAUAAAGCCAAGCAGUAAUGGAAAUUAUUAACAAACUAUAUAAAAAAAGAUAAUUCACUGUGACAACAUGCUGCAAAUAUGUCCUGUAACAGUGUUACAUAACAACCACUGAUGCUGAUACUGCUUACAGAUGUGCAGUCUUCCAAAAAGUUGCUAUAAGCUCAUUGUUUGAUGCUGGUGCUGACAUGAGAAGAGGCUUUCCUGGUGUGACCCUGCAGUGUAUUCAGCCUGCUACCCUCAGUUUGUACUGCCCCAUGCAUAAGGAAGUCAAAACUGAAUGUGGUUAAAUGAAUGAAUUUUUUUUGAGCAAUAUUUAAAGUAAACUCCCACAAAAGAAACCAUUCGAUUUAAUUCCAUCUAGCAGAAACCGGUGAAUUUACCUAAAAACUCGAAAGAGGCUUCAGUUAAUGGAAUCGUUUUACUUAACAGGAGCACAUUACUCAGUCUCACAGCGUACAGCUUUGGGUUGGAUGAAUAGCCUUUUGUUUUGAGGGAAACAACACAACCUGGUCUUUCACGCCUUUCCAUUUAGAUGAGUGGAAAACUCUGUUGUGAGGGAAACUUUCAAACCAGACCAGAGAGGUGGGCUGAGCAGUGUUUGAAAAAACAUAGAAAGAUAGAGAAAUGUUUGUUCUUCCACAAAUUAUUAGUACUACAUAUGAGUAACUUUGUUAAUUGUUCAUUAAUUUUUUCCCCUUGACAAGAUUAUACAACCUCAGUGGCAAGAUUUUACCUUUAAAUCAGUGUGUAUUUUAUUUUAUUUGGAGCAUGUUUCCUGUAAACUGAAGCUAAACGUCUCACAGCAAGAGCUCUCAAACACUCCCCUGUGGCUGUGGUUGCUGCUAACAUACGGUUCAAUUAUUAAAUAGGUGGUUUUCAUGACAUUUUCAACUUUGAUCAACACACUCCGGUGGAUAUCUGAAAUAAGACUUUCUGCUUGAUGUUCAGUGGUUCCACUGUACUGCGCAUCAUAGACGUGGAAGAGGUGAAAUUUGUGAGCGUGUCGCAGAUUGGGGUAAAAUCACUUUCUCGGUGGUAAUGUUUAACAGCAAAACCGUUUUCAGUGUUCAUCUGAAUGUUUUUCAGCGUACAAACUAAAUGACUGUUCUGAAAUUAGAUUUAUUUUUGUUGAAAGUGAGUCAUGUUUGCCUCUGUUCCAGCACUCUCUUAGGAUGCUAAAUUCUGCUGAUCAGUCUGAUGACUUCAACAGGAACUAAAAUGUACUUGUACAAUGAUUGUAUACGGUGAUCUCCUCUGAACCUACGUAUCACUAUUUCUCUAUGCAACCAAUGUAACUUUUAUGACACUGUUUUACAGUAUAAAGGAUCUAAUUUGAUAUUUAUGAGAACACAUUUUUAAUGUCUUACCUUUGUAUAUUUGUGUAAAAAGUUUGUUACCUGCUUUGAUGAGUAGAGAUUGAGAUGUUUUUUGCUGAUCGAAUAACAACAAGCUUCCCAGAGUU